UAUAACAGCUGAGAAAGAGAGAGCGUAAUCUACCUACCUUUCUAUCUAUUUCUUCUUCCUACACGUUUUCUAUGGGGUGAUGAGAAAAUGGUCCAAAUACGCCUCUUCAAAGUCAUGAUGAUUUUGAGGCUUUCACGGAAGGUGGUAUUUGACUUUGAAGCCAAAAGAACGGUUUGUUGCGUUUGGUUGUGAUCAGUAAAUUUUGAUGUCUGGGAGGCCUGUUUGUGGAUGGGAUAUGAUGGGCUUCGACGGAUUUUCGUUCUGAUGGAUGUGAAUUUGGGGUAUGGAGCGAUCUCAUUCAUGAUCGGACUUCAAGGAUUUCAAUGGUUCUUUGAUUUUCAUGAGGGAAAAAUUUGAUUUUUGGUAGUCAACUUGUCAAUGGUAGUUGAUGGGUUUUAGGAAAUUUGGUUUCUGGAGCUUUGAAAUUCAUAUACGAUUGUUUGAGGUACUCCCUCUUGAUUCUAACCCUUCUUUUCAGCUAGAGGAGAAGAAGAAGACUAAAGGAGGCUUGUGGGUCUAACGUCUUUUAGGAUUUCUAGGAAUUACUGUGACAGAAAAAAAAAAUGGCAGAAGAUGCUAAUUCUUGGAUUAGGAGAACAAAGUUUUCUCAUACAGUUUGUCAUCGGUUGGACUCUUCAAUACUGGUCCCUAUUCAAUUUACAUUUGAGCCUGAACGAAAUUCGGGUUUGAAAUCAAGGCCAGCAGCUACUGUGAAAUCGGUUCCAAAUAAUUCGAAGAUUCAGCGGAAUCCUAUUAUAAACAAGCAGAGAUCUUUGUCCCCUUUACCUGAAACUUCGCUCUCUGACGCGUUUAAGGAAGCAAGGUCAGAGCGGAAGAGAUCCAUGACUCCCCUUCCCCGGAGAAGGGAACCGGAAAAGGGAAUCAGGGGAAAGUUCGUGAACAAGGAUUCCCAUGCAGCAUCCAAUUCGAGGUUUCCGUCGAAUUCUAGCCCGCUGAUGCACUUGGCUUCGCUGAAAGUCAAUGAAAAAUCGAAGACCCGAAAGGAGUUAUCAUGGGCCAAGUAUUUUGAUCAUGGUGGAGGAAGGGUUAAUGCUGUGGAGACAGUUGAUGAAUGGUGUGUUGAUCUGUCUAAGCUGUUUCUUGGGCUGAGAUUUGCCCACGGGGCGCAUAGUCGGCUUUACCAUGGUAUAUACAACGAUGAACCUGUUGCUGUCAAGAUUAUUCGGGUGCCUGAUGAUGACGAAUUUGGAACGUUGGCUGCUCGUCUAGAGAAACAAUUCGUUAGAGAAGUCACCCUUCUAUCUCGUCUCCACUAUCAAAAUGUCAUAAAGUUCGUAGCAGCAUGCAGAAAGCCACCAGUUUAUUGUGUCAUCACAGAGUAUCUGUCAGAGGGUUCAUUGAGGGCGUAUUUGCAUAAGCUCGAGCGUAAAUCACUUCCUUUAGAGAAACUAAUUGCAAUUGCACUCGAUAUUGCUCGUGGGAUGGAAUACAUUCAUUCUCAAGGUGUGAUUCAUCGAGAUCUUAAACCCGAAAAUGUCCUUAUCGACCAGGACUUCCACAUGAAGAUUGCUGAUUUUGGUAUAGCUUGUGAGGAGGCAUACUGUGAUUCUUUAGCUGACGACCCCGGGACUUAUCGAUGGAUGGCACCUGAGAUGAUCAAACAUAAAUCUUAUGGGCGAAGAGUUGAUGUGUACAGUUUUGGACUCAUCUUAUGGGAAAUGGUGGCUGGAACAAUCCCAUAUGAGGAUAUGAAUCCCAUACAGGCUGCUUUUGCAGUAGUGAAUAAGAAUUUGAGACCUGCUAUCCCAGGGGACUGUCCGCCUGCCAUGCGAGCUUUGAUUGAGCACUGCUGGUCCUUGCAUCCCGACAAAAGGCCCGAGUUUUGGCAAGUUGUGAAGGUAUUAGAGCAAUUCGAAUCUUCACUUGCCCGUGAUGGAACCCUGAAUCUGGUACAAAAUCCUACUUUCCUAGAUCAUAAGAAAGGGCUUCUUCAUUGGAUCCAAAAGCUUGGUCCCUUGCAUCCUACCAGUUCAUCAACGCCUAAACCUAAAUUCACAUGAAUCUUUCAUAUGACCUGGCUUUUGUAGCUCACCAGGUCCAUUGUAAUUAAAAAAGGUUUGUUUUCUGAGCCUCGUUUAUUGUAUUAUUCUACAUUCAUGUGAGAGUGAAUGAAUAGAUUGGUAGGCAUGCAUUGAGGUGAAAAUCUCUUUUAUCCAUUAUAAAUACAAACAGAUGACAAUUAGUGUACCUGGCCUUCUCUAUAUUGGCUGAAAAGAGUAUGUAUGUUUUGGAAGGCUAUAGAAUCCCAGGUUCACCUGGCUGUAUGCUCAA